AUGGCAACAGACAAGCCUUCUGAUGAUAGCAACAAGAAAGAACCUAUCAAACAGGACAGUGAGGAGUCCCCAAUCGGAUCCAGCCCCGAGGGAGACGGAGAGCCAGCAGAUUCCGGCGAGCAGGGCCAGGCCGUCCCCACCCCGGAGGGCCAGGCGCCCAAGCGGAAGGGAGGUCGCAAGCCGAUCUAUGCUACCACGGAGGAGCGGAAGCAGCGCAACCGUCAGGCUCAGGCAGCUUUUCGCGAGCGGCGGACAGAGUACAUCAAACAGCUUGAGCAGACUAUCAAUGUUCAGGAACAGACGCUAGCUAAUCUGAACGCUGCCCAUCGUACCGCCGCGGACGAGUGUUUGAUGCUCAGAUACAAAAACUCGUUGCUUGAGCGCAUACUCCUCGAGAAGGGCAUCGAUGUCCAAGCUGAGCUGCAAGCCAAGCAUGGCAGCCCCAAUUUCGGUCCGACCCAUAUGCCCCCGAACAUAAUUCAGCCGCCGCCAAUAUCAAGGACGCUACUGAAUAGACACCAUUCCCGGAGGUCGAACUCUAGCAUCGCGCCGAAGCUGGAGCCUGGUUUCAGUCAACUACCUCCAAUACAUGGGGCCAAUCCUCCGGCAGGAUCUCCAAAAUCCCGGCCCACGCCUUCAUCGCACGCCGCCUCUCCCACAACAACCGAGGGUUUUGGAGCUUCGCCUGCAUCGUCCGAGAAUGUGGGCCCAGGAGGCAUGCGGCCAGGGAUGCCAGCUGCUGCGAUGAAGCAGCCAAUGGGCCAGAUGCCUGGUCCAUCACGGAUGAUGCCGCCCAUGCCAGGGGGCAUGGGUCAACACCCGGGACAGGGCCCGCAUGCCGGUAGGAUGGGGGCGCCGAGUGUCAGCAGUGCACCAUUCUACCAGACAGCAGCAUAUCAGAAUCAUAUCGAGCAACUAGAGCAAGAAUAUGAUGCCGCUGCUGAUAUGAUGGACGAGGGUGGCGACGCGCCAGAAACACCGUCUGGACCGGGUCCAUAUCCCGGUGCUGGUUACGCUGCCGCCGCCGCUGCCGCUGCUGCUCAACAGCACCAAGCCAUGAGCCCAACAACAACUGGGCCAAUGGAGCCGAACGCUGCGACGGGCCAUCCACAAGGGCAUCAGCAUGGACUUUCUAUGACGCAACUGCUGGACCCUUCGAUCGAUUGGGACCCUUUCGGCUUGAGUGCUAGCAUGGCAUUCCCGUCGUCGUUUUCCUUCGACACGAGCAAUAUGCGAUGA